AUCCGGCAACUGAUCAUGACAGAAUGCUAGAACCUUAGUUUAAUCAUCCGUUUAUUUCUUUUAUUUCUUUAGUAGUUUUCAUAUAACGAUGCAUCAAGAUAAUAAUCCUAAUCCCAACGAACAACAGUCGUCUCAACAUCAUACGUCUACAUCAUCACAAUAUCGCCAUUCGUCAUCAACACUACCGUCUUCUAUAUCAUCAAAUUCCUAUUCGUCUAAUUCAAAUCGUUCUACGCAACAUCAAUCACGUAGUUAUAAUCCGUCAAAUAUGGAAGUAAGUCGAUCUCUGUCGAACCGUUCAACCUUGAUGUUGGCGCAAGCUGGCAACAGUUCGACUGAACGGCAAGACGGGAAUCGGCGAUACGACCAUCAUACACAACAUUCAACAUCAACACAUCAUAUGCACCCUAAACUUCAUCCACAACAACAUUUGUAUAGCAGAUCGGAAGUAGAUUGUCCGAUAGCGGAAGGAAGUAAACGUACACGAUGGCUUAAAGCUGGCGAGAAAGCGCGUGAAAACCAACAACUAGUCAAUAACAUCGCUCCUUUCAAUUGGCCCUCCUCACAUUACGGGCAAAUAAUCUAUAUCGAUAAAGCAACAUCAAAUGACGUUUUAGAAAAUCUACUCAAUAGAAUUAAGGAUGUUCAAGUAUUUACUAUUGAUACUGAAUCAGAGAACCGUAAAUCCACAUCUUCAGCAACCAAACAACAACAAAUACCUGCUAUCAUUCAAAUUCAGGCCAUACAUAAUGAACAAUUAGCCACCGUUUUCAUUAUAGAAGCUCAACAUCUGCCAUCUCCAUCUUCUCAAUGCUUUGAAUCGAUAAAAACUUUAUGUCAUCGAAUAUUUUCAGUAAAUUCCAUCAUACUAGCAUGGGGUGACCCAGUUAAAGAAUUAGCUCCCUUUUUCUUCACAAACUUAUUUAAUAUAAAUGAUGUUAAUGACCCAAGCAACAAAUGCGACCUUCAAAAAUUAUUCACGCGUUUUUGGAACGCCCGUCAUCCUCAUACUUCAGAAUGUCUUCGUCAUCUAAAUACUCUUAAAAAACCUGAUUUGCACGGUCUUGAAUUGAUCUGUCAUGCACUAACGGACGACCUUGAAGAUGACGACAUUACUUAUAAUAUUAAUGAAGAUAUUAAUGAUAAUAGAAACGGCUGUAUUUGUCCAGAUAGCGAUAGACCAUACAAACAAAACAAAACAUUGUGGUCCUUACAAAAAGCAAUACACGCAGCAUUCAAUAUGGCAUUAAGUAAAGAAUUACGACUGAAUAACUGGACAUGUGGUUUAGAUCCCGAAUUAAGAACAUGGAGCACACCACAAGAUAUUUAUACAAGAAAAAGGAUGGCAGAUUAUGCUAUUCAUGACGUUUUCGGACCGACACAUAUUUUCUUUUAUUUAUCAACUAAGAUGUCUCUCUGUUCUGUUUCAGGUUUACAAUCGUUAAAAUUACCAGAUUCAUCACCAUUUCCUAGUAGUAGCCCUGACAAUGAUAACAAUAAUAAUACUGAUAUGCUUGAUCGACAACAAAAACAAAAACCUUCCUUUUUUAUUUUAUCAGAUAGUCAUGGAAAAUUUAUUCAACCUUCAUCUACACCGAAUUAUACAACAUACAUUACGUCGAUACCAGGACUCAGAUGGUAUGAUAAUAAACAUAUUGAGUUAUCGGCUAUUGAUUUAAUAAAAAAGCCGGAAAUCACAUCCUUUUUAUCUUCAUGUUCUGUACUCGUUCUCCUUAUUGGUACAAAUUCAACACGUUCAACAGCAGCAACACAAAUCAUUCAACAAGUUCAACAUCUAAUCGAAAAUGUUCGUCAUGAUUAUAAACAUCUCAAUGAUUAUCAAAAUUUAGCAGUAGUUUUAACUUA